AUGGAGUCCUGGAAAACACAACUAACAGCAUGUGGUAAGGACCUUGGUGAAGUGUUCAUCAGGAGAGGAAUAUUCCAGGGGGAUUCCUUAUCCUCUUUGUUAUUUGUGAUUGCAAUGCUACCUCUCAGCAGUGUACUGAACGAUUCAGGAGCAGGCUACCAACUCAGUAAGGAAGAGGGCAAGAUAACCCAUUUAUUGUUUAUGGACGACCUGAAAUUAUAUUAUGGAAGAAAUGAGAAGGAAGUUAACUCACUUGUACAUACUGUCCAGGUGUUCAGCAGUGACAUUGGUAUGGAUUUUGGAAUCGAGAAGUGCGCAACGAUGGUAAUGAAAAGAGGCAAGCUGGAUAAGUCAGAGGGCAUAAGAUUGCCUGAUGGAAGAAUUAUCUGAGGUAUUGGAGAUGAUGUUGAAGGUUAUAAAUAUCUGGGGGUGUUGGAGGCUGAUGACAUUAUGCAUGACGAAGUGAAGAGAAGUAUGAAGAAGGAGUACAUUAGGAGAGUGAAGAAAACUUUGUCCUCAAAGCUAAAUGCUGGUAAUGUCAUAAAGGCUAUUAACAGCUGGGCUGUAUCUCUACUUCGGUACAGUGGGGGAUUGUAA